AAGAGAGUGACGGGGCGCUUUACGACGGUUGCUUUGUGGCAGCGGUAGAAGAGGAAGAUGGCGGCCGCCGUGGCUGUUCGUGGAGCGGGAUCUGCACCGGCUUUUGGGCCGGAGGCUCUCGCCCCAGACUGGGAAAACCGAGAAGUCUCCACAGGGACCACGAUCAUGGCUGUGCAGUUUGAUGGGGGCGUGGUUCUAGGAGCCGACUCCAGAACAACCACUGGGUCCUACAUCGCCAACCGGGUGACGGACAAGCUGACCCCUAUCCACGACCACAUCUUCUGCUGUCGCUCAGGCUCGGCCGCUGAUACCCAGGCGGUAGCUGAUGCUGUCACCUACCAGCUUGGUUUCCACAGCAUUGAACUGAAUGAGCCUCCCCUAGUGCACACGGCCGCCAGCCUCUUUAAGGAGAUGUGUUACCGCUACAGAGAAGAUGUCAUGGCGGGGAUCAUCAUUGCAGGCUGGGACCCCCAAGAAGGCGGGCAGGUGUACUCGGUCCCUAUGGGGGGCAUGAUGGUUAGGCAGUCUUUUGCCAUUGGAGGCUCCGGGAGCUCGUACAUCUACGGCUAUGUCGACGCUGCCUAUCGGGAAGGCAUGACCAAGGACGAGUGUCUGCACUUCACUGCCAAUGCUCUUGCUUUGGCUAUGGAACGGGACGGCUCCAGUGGUGGGGUGAUCCGCUUGGCGGCCAUUCAAGAAUCAGGGGUAGAGCGGCAGGUACUUUUGGGAGACCAGAUACCGAAAUUCCCCAUUGCCACUUUACCACCUCCCUGAACCCUAGUGUUGCAGGGGUGAUGAACGACGCUCACACGAUGCGAAAGUUAAUAAACAGGUGGUCAGAGCGA